AUGUCAUACAUGAGCUCGCCCUCUAUCGUUGCCAACGAUACAGAGUCAUCGACGGCAUCUCUUAGUGUGCCCCGGUUGUCGUUCAAUUUGACGUCCUCUGCUGAAAGCACGACUCAGCUUUCCUCUUUGAUGAACGGCAUGGCAACUGCUGGUGUCCAUGACUUUUCAAAGAGACCUACUUCCUCCAUGCAAGUCCCUCAAACUUCUCUGGCAUCUUCCACAUUGUCUGACCUGUCCUUGGCAGCGUUUGUUGAAUCUUUGUAUACUCUAGAGAUUGCUCCCUCCGAUGGGUUAACGCAAAGCAUGCUAGAUGGACAAACCUUUCUAAACGAAAGCAAAGUGCUCCGCGAUGACGUUAGCGAAUCUUCUCUUUCUUCUUCAUACCCAAUUUCCAAUGACGUUGUACCCAUGAAACUGUCCGAAUCAGGUCGAGAUCAAACGGAAUAUGCCAAAAGUGCAUUUCUCGAAGACCAACUUGCGUUUUCUGUUCCGUCUGAUAUGCGGUGGUGGAAUACAGCAUUGUCUUUGCCUUUGCCAAUAGAAAAAAAUUUCUCGACAUCUUCGCCUCAAGUGAACACCUUUCCUUCUCAAAGUAAUCAUGAUAGCAAGCCUCUUGCUUUCGACACUGGGCUGGACCCGUCACUAAGCUCGAUAUGUGAACCGGUAUCCGCGGCUUCAUGCUGCUCAAAAUCUCGUUCAGCGACCCUUGGUUCUGCACCCACCACUCACAUGGGCGUGCCGACACCCGCGGGGCGGAUCCAGUUGCUGCACAUCUUUCUCGAAUACAUCUUUCAUACAUCCUGUGUCAGACCACCUAUUCCACAAAUCAUCGACAGAACGGCUCAAACGUCCAUCUUCGCCGGAAAAAGUCCAUUGUGUGCCGAGCCCCGAUGGUAG